CAGAAUCCAGCGUGGACGUGCUGCCAGGGCUGUUGCUGAAGAGAGGCCAGACCUCGAUGGUGAAUGCCAAGAAACUGGAGAAGGCGGAAGCCAGGCUGAAAGCCAAGCAGGACAAGAGGAUGGAGCGGGAUUCCGUGAAGUCAUCUGGCCCUCUGGUCCUUGAGGAGGCGUCUGCCAGCCAAGCUGCCAGCAAGAAGGAGACUCGCAUGGAGUCAUCAGGCAAGAACAAGUCGUAUGAUGUGCGCAUCGAGAACUUCGAUGUGUCCUUCGGUGAGCGUGUCCUGCUGGCAGGAGCAGACCUGAACCUGGCGUUUGGACGGCGCUAUGGGCUGGUGGGCAGGAACGGGCUGGGGAAGACCACGCUGCUGAAGAUGAUCGCCAGCCGGAGCCUGCGCAUCCCUUCGCACAUCAGCAUCCUCCACGUGGAGCAGGAGGUGGCCGGGGACGAGACGCCGGCACUGCAGAGCGUGCUGGAGUGUGACACUACUCGUGAGAGCCUGCUGCGGGAGGAGAGGGAUCUGACAGCUAAGAUUAGCGGUGGCAGGGGAGAAGGGACAGAAGGUGCCAGGCUGUCGGAGAUCUAUGUGAAGCUGGAGGAGAUUGAGGCAGACAAGGCCCCAGCGAGGGCAUCUGUCAUUCUCGCUGGCUUGGGCUUUAAUGCACAGAUGCAACAACAGACAACCAAAGAGUUUUCCGGAGGCUGGAGAAUGAGACUGGCCUUAGCCAGAGCCCUGUUUGCCAGGCCAGAUCUCCUUCUGCUGGACGGUAACUCUGGCUUGAUGAUGCCCAGACCUCCCUCUUGCUGUCUCCUCCAGACCUGGCAGUCGACCAUCCUCAUGGUGUCCCACGACAGGAACUUCUUGAACGCAGUGGCCACGGACAUCAUCCACCUGCACUCGCAUCGGCUGGACGCGUACCGCGGCGAUUUUGAGAACUUCAUGAAGAUCAAGGAGGAGCGACUGAAGAACCAGCAGCGAGAAUACGAAGCCCAGCAGCAGUACCGCGAGCACAUCCAGGUUUUCAUCGACCGCUUUCGCUACAACGCCAACCGGGCGUCCCAAGUGCAGAGCAAGCUCAAGCUGUUGGAGAAGCUGCCAGAGCUGAAACCUGUGGACAAGGAUUCUGAGGUGAUCAUAAAGUUCCCUGAUGGCUUUGAGAAGUUUUCCCCCCCAAUCCUGCAGCUAGACGAAGUAGACUUCUGUUAUAACCCAAGUCACUACAUCUUCCGUUCCCUCUCCGUCUCUGCUGACCUGGAGUCCCGCAUCUGUGUGGUUGGGGAAAACGGAGCUGGGAAGUCAACCAUGCUAAAGAUCUUAAUGGGGGAGCUGGCACCAGUUGGAGGGAUCAGACACGCUCACAGAAACCUAAAGAUUGGUUAUUUCAGCCAGCACCACGUGGAUCAGCUGGACUUGAACAUCAGUGCUGUGGAGUUACUGGCAAGAAAGUUCCCAGGGAAGACGGAGGAGGAGUACCGGCAUCAGCUGGGGAGCUACGGCGUCUCAGGGGAGCUGGCCGUGCGUCCCGUGGCCAGCCUGUCUGGAGGUCAGAAGAGUCGGGUGGCCUUUGCCCAGAUGACUAUGUCCUGUCCAAACUUCUACAUCCUGGAUGAGCCGACAAAUCACCUGGACAUGGAGACCAUCGAGGCACUGGCAAAGGCACUGAAUAAGUUCAGGGGUGGUGUCAUUCUGGUGUCCCAUGAUGAGCGCUUCAUCCGCCUGGUGUGCCAGGAGCUGUGGGUGUGCGAGAACGCCGGCGUCACCCGCAUCGAGGGUGGCUUUGACCAGUACAGAGACAUCCUGAAGGAGCAGUUCCGCAAGGAGGGUUUCCUAUAA